GUUGAUGCUGAAUUACAGAUUUUGAGUGUAACUGUGCAAAGUUUAUAAACAGAUUUUGAGUGAAGCCUAGAAUGAUUGAAAUAAAGGGAGGUAAUAAUGUAUCCAGGUGACAAUAUACCACUAGCUCCUGUUACAUCUGCUUGGGAACAAAGAAAAUAUCAGCCAAUGCCUAGUGCAUUAGGCUCCGAGACGACAGAAGAAGUACAACCUCAAAAUGAAAGAAUCAUCUACAUUAACUCCUCACAACCUGGCAAAUACUGCUCAAAUAAAAUCUGCACAGCCAAGUACAGCUUGAUAUCAUUUUUGCCGAAAUUCUUGUUUGAACAGUUCAGAAGAUAUGCCAACAUUUUUUUCCUGUUCAUAGCAUUACUACAGCAAAUUCCGAAGGUUUCACCUACAGGAAGGUACACUACAGCUGUUCCAUUGUUAUUUAUCCUCUCUGUAUCCGCCAUUAAAGAAAUCAUCGAAGAUUAUAAAAGACAUAGAGCAGAUGACACAGUUAAUAAUAGAAAAGUUUUAGUGUUACGGAAUGGAGUGUGGCAGUCAUUAAAAUGGAAGCAUAUAGUUAUAGGAGAUAUAGUCAAGAUCAUUAAUGGACAGUUUUUUCCAGCUGAUCUCAUUCUUUUAUCAUCUAGUGAGCCACAGGCUAUGUGUUAUAUAGAAACAUCCAAUUUAGAUGGAGAAACAAAUCUCAAAAUCAGACAGGGUUUACCCCAGACAGCAAAGCUGUUAAAUAAAGAGGAUCUGUCAGAAUUAACAGGGACCAUAGAAUGUGAGCCGCCAAACAGACAUUUACUGGACUUUGUGGGAAAUAUACGGCCAUCUCGUAGACAGGCAAUACCACUAGGACCAGAUCAGUUGGUACUGAGGGGAGCCAUGUUGAGAAAUACUAACUGGAUAUUCGGUAUUGUGGUGUAUACAGGUCACGAGAGCAAACUGAUGUUAAAUUCUACGUCUGCUCCGUUAAAACGAUCAAAUGUUGAAAAAGUAACAAAUUUACAGAUACUGUUUUUGUUUGGAAUAUUGUUACUGCUAUCCCUUAUCUGUACAAUAGCCAAUAUGAUCUGGUCUGGUGAACAUAAAGCUGGACACUGGUACCUAGGCUAUGAUGAUUUGCCACCAUCAAACUUUGGAUAUAAUUUUCUGACUUUCAUAAUCUUAUUCAACAAUCUCAUCCCAAUUAGUUUACAAGUAACACUGGAAGUUGUCAAGUUUAUACAAGCUAUAUUUAUAAACUGGGACCUGGACAUGUAUUGUGAAGAAACUGACACUCCAGCUAUGGCUCGAACCUCAAACCUAAAUGAAGAAUUAGGACAGAUAAAGUAUAUAUUCUCUGAUAAGACUGGGACAUUAACAAGAAAUGUGAUGACAUUCCGGAAAUGUUCAGUUGCUGGUAUAAUGUACGGGAACAAUGAGGAAAGUGAAGGGGCCUUUAAUGAUGAUACCUUAAUACAGAACCUCAAACAAAAUCAUGAUACAGCAGGAGAGAUUCGGGAAUUUCUAACAUUAUUAGCAGUUUGUCAUACAGUUGUACCUGAGAAAUCUCCUGACUCGUCUAUAAUUUACCAGGCUUCAUCACCAGAUGAGGGCGCUCUUGUCAAGGGAGCUAAACAACUUGGUUUUGUGUUUUCUGCUAGAACACCAGAUGCUGUUGUCAUUGAUGUGUUUGAUAAAGAAGAAAGAUAUGAAAUACUUAAUGUACUGGAAUUUACAAGUGAUCGUAAGAGGAUGUCUGUGGUUGUAAGAACUCCAGAUGGGAAAAUCAAAUUAUAUUGUAAAGGAGCUGACACAGUGAUAUACGAGAGACUAGAAGACAAGCAUAAAUUCAGCGAUAUAACACUCCAGCAUUUAGAACAGUUUGCUCAUCUUGGGUUACGCACACUAUGUAUAGCCUCAACGGAAGUGAACGAAGAAUUUUACGAUGAAUGGAAACAUACUUACUAUAAAGCUAGUACGUCAAUACAGAACCGGGAGAAAAAACUUGAAGAGGCUGCAGAACUGAUCGAAAGGAGCUUAAAUCUCAUUGGUGCUACAGCUAUAGAAGACAAAUUGCAAGAGGGAGUUCCUGAUACAAUAGCUAACCUUGCCAAAGCAGACAUUAAGAUCUGGGUACUGACCGGAGAUAAACAAGAAACUGCCAUAAAUAUAGGGUAUUCAUGUAAACUUCUCACACAAGGAAUGCCGUUACUUCUUAUUAAUGAACAUAGUCUGGAUGGUACAAGGGAAGUGUUACGCAAGCAUGUAGAAGAGUUUGGCGACCUGAUCAGGAAGGAGAAUGAGGUGGCACUCAUCAUUGACGGGAAGACACUGAAAUACGCAUUGGCAUGUGACUGUAGACAAGAUUUUCUGGAUAUAGCUGUGUCAUGCAAGGCUGUCAUAUGCUGCAGGGUAUCACCACUACAGAAAGCAGAACUUGUAGAUUUGGUGAAGAAGUCGUGUAAUGCAAUAACACUUGCUAUAGGAGAUGGUGCUAACGAUGUCGGGAUGAUACAGGCUGCCGAUGUAGGUGUUGGUAUAAGUGGCGUAGAGGGGUUACAGGCAGCAUGCGCCUCCGACUAUGCCAUUGCUCAGUUUCAAUUCCUCAACAAACUAUUGCUGGUGCACGGAGCUUGGAGCUAUAGCCGACUGUGUAAACUUAUAUUAUAUUCUUUCUAUAAGAAUAUAUGUCUUUAUGUGAUUGAGUUUUGGUUUGCGUUACAAAAUGGAUUCUCCGGUCAGAUUCUGUUCGAGAGAUGGACCAUAGGAUUUUAUAAUGUGAUAUUUACGGCAGCUCCUCCCCUAGCAAUGGGUUUGUUUGAUCGGUAUUGUAGUGCCGAGAGCCGAUUAAAGUUCCCUGAACUCUAUAAGUCAUCACAAAAUGCUCAACAGUUUAAUGUGAAGGUGUUUUGGAUGUGGAUUGCUAAUUCUAUAUUUCAUUCCAUACUUCUGUUCUGGAUGCCCAUCAUAGCUUUACAACAUGAUGUAGCAUUCUCAGAUGGAAAAGUUGGAAAUUAUUUAUUUGUUGGAAAUUUUGUAUUUCAGUAUGUUGUAGUCACAGUAUGCCUCAAAGCUGGGUUAGAAACAAGUGCUUGGACUUGGUUAACACAUUUAGCCAUUUGGGGCAGUAUUGGAAGCUGGUUCCUGUUUUUGAUAGUGUAUAGCCAUGUGUACCCAACCAUAAACCUGGCACCAGAAAUGGUUGGCAUGGAUCGUUAUGUUCUUGGUUGUUCUGUAUUUUGGAUGGGUUUACUUCUUAUACCAUUUACCUGCCUCAUCAGGGACUUAGCAUGGAAAGUAUUGAGACGUACCAUGUUUAAGACAUUGAGAGAGAAGGUACAAGAAGCAGAGAUCGCUCAUGUUGACCCUACCACCAUAGUGCUUAGAUCUACUAAAAAAAAAUUAACAGAAACAGCACGUUUGCUACGCAAUGUGUUCUCCCGUUCCAUGAACAGGGUACCGGCCGGAGACCAACCACAUGGGUUUGCAUUCUCACAAGAGGAGCAUGGUUCUAUUGCUCAGGCUGAAUUAAUCAGAGUGUAUGACACAACAAAGGAGAAACCAUCGGGACACUAAAAUCGAGGGAGACAACUGUUUAAUAAAUGUAAAAGUGACAAGAGUUAUGGCCCAUACAUAGUGAUGUGUGUCAUUAUGAUAUUACAUAAGACUGAAUACUUUACACAAUGAAGUUAUAAGCAGAUGUUAGGGCAAGACAGACUCAGUAUACAGCUUUGUUGUAAAGAAUGCUUAAAAAUCAGAAGCAAAAUACUUCUUUCUUGUUGGAGAAAGAAUCAGAGGAUGUGGAGACUUUCUAAGGUCAAAGGUCAUAGGAAAAAUUUAAAAUGGAAGUUCAUGGUGACAUUUUUAAGGUGUUUAUUAAUUACCAGGAAUUGAAAUAUAUUUAUAGCAGUCAUAGUUAACCACAUAGAAAGAAUGCAGAGUAUCCUCCCCUUUUAAGUUGAAAGCAGUUUUGAAUACAAAGGUCAAGGUCUUUUACUGUUAAAUAAGGCCAAAGUUAGUCAUUUUUAAGGACUUAAAAGACCUUUGAACAUGGAAAUAUAUGGGUUUUUUCCUAUAUGUUCUUAAUUUCCAGUAAAGAUUUUAUAUGUCAAGUAUUAUGGGAUUUAAACAGCAAUGCCAUACCUGUUGGAACAGAUUCACCAUCUACAAUUUUAAUGACCUUUUGAAUUGGUGAUAAGUCGGUAUAGAUUCACCAUUAAGAAUUUAAAAGACCAUUGGAAAUGGCUAUAAGUUUUAUGUUAGUUGUUCAUAGGCAAAUUGAAUUAAAUUGUGGCCUUUGAUUAUUUAGAAAUCAAAUUUUUGCAGUGAUGUUGUUGUUAAGAUAGUUAUGUGUACAGGUUUUGCUAGCUAAUUUUCAUUUGCAGACAAAGUUGUAAUUUUAUUUAUUUCAUAUUGUAACAGAAAAUGUCUGCAUUGUUAAAGUGAAUUGGUCUAUAAUAGAAGGUCUGUUUUACAAAUAGAUAAUUAUGUUGAUAAUGUCUAUUAUCAAAACUAGCAACAAACCAUGAAAUACUUAACAUAUGGAUGUUGUUGGCAAGUAUGAGAUAUGGAACCUGAUAUACCAUGCAUUUAUAUAGCAGAUAAUAAAAUAUUCUAGAACAAAAUUGUAUUAUUCACAAUAUGAAUAUUCAUAUUCAAUCAUUUAGAGCUUUAUCAAUUUUUUAAGCAAUAUUUUAUAAAAAUAUCAAAAUGAUGAAUUUCUAUUGUUUUCAUCAAUAUUUGAAAUACUUAUGGAAAAUGUGCCCAUUGUAGAUCAAUCCACUUUAAUAUUAUCUUUGAACAGAUUUGAGCAUAGAUAGUUUCUUUAAGUAAGUCACAUGUAUAGAUCAUUUUACAAUAAGUUGUAUAUUAACAUAGAUUGACACUGUUUUUUAGAAAGUUUUUUAUCCUGUUUUUGAAAAUAAACUCUUUACUGGUUUCAAGUUAAAGAAUUUAAGUUAUGUUUUACUUGUUACAUGUAGUUAAAAGUUUGAAAAUUUAAAGGUUGAAAAUAUUUUAAUGUUGAACAUAUUUGAGACAUGAUUAUUGAGUUGUAUGAAUAUAUGUUAUAGUGUUUAGAUGUGCAAUACACAGUUAUGUUGAACUGUGCAAUAUAUUUUAUGGGUUGUAAUUUUCUGUCUCUUUGCUCUGAUGUGGUUAGUACUAUCAAAUUUUAAUUGUAUGACAUAAAUGCACAAGAUAAAUAGUCAUUUUAGAGCAUGUUAGAUGCUUAUCACCUGAAGAAAGUAGUGCUGUAAGUGAAAUAAUUGGCCAUUAAAUUAGGGAAAAUGUAAACAAAAUAGUAGUAUUUUGACUUCCAUACAAAAUAUUAAAACACUCAACCUGUACUACUUGCCAAACAGCAACAGAAGCAAAAGAUAAUGCAGGUAAUUGGCAAAUUAGUGAGUUUUUGGAAACUAUAACAGAGCACCACCAAUAAAAAAAGCUUUAAAGAAGUACGAAUAUAGCUUUGCUGGGGAGAAUGGACCUUUAAAGCAUGGAAUACAUUUGUUGAGCUAGAAAUAUUUCUUUGUUAGGAUUGAGAAGAUUUGUUUUUAGCUCACCUGUCACAAAGUGACAGGGUGAGCUUUUGUGAUCACUUUUCGUCCAGCGUCCGUCCGGCCGUCCGUAAACUUUUGCUUUAAAUGACAUCUCCUCAUAAACCACUGAGCCAAUUUCAUCCAAACUUCACAGGAAUGUUCCUUUGGUGGUCACCUUUAAAAAUUGUUCAAAGAAUUUAAUUCCAUGCAGAACUCUGGUUGCCAUGGCAACGGAAAGAAAAAUCUUUAAAUAUCUUCUUUUAAACAACCCCAAGAGCUAGAGCUUAGAUAUUUGGCAUGAAACAUCUUCUAGUGAGUGUCUACCAAGUUUGUUCAAAUAAAAGCCCUGGGGUCAAAAUUGGCCCCGCCCCAGGGGGUCAUUGAUUUUCCCUAUAUGCAUAUAGUAAAAACUUAAAAAAUCUUCUUUUAAAGAACCCAAAGAGCUAGAGCUAAGAUAUUUAGCAUGAAACAUCUUCUAGUGAGUGUCUACCAAGUUUGUUCAAAUAAAAGCCCUUGGGUCAAAAUUGGCCCCGCCCCGGGGGGUCAUUGAUUUUCCCUAUAUGCAUAUAGUAAAAACUUAAAAAAUCUUCUUUUAAAGAACCGUAAGAGCUAGAGCUUAGAUAUUAAGCAUGAAACAUCUUCUAGUGAAUGUCUACCAAGUUUGUUCAAAUAAAAGCCCUGGGGUCAAAUUGGCCCCGCCCCAGGGGGUCAUUGAUUUUCCCUAUAUGCAUAUAGUAAAAACUUAUAAAUCUUCUUUUAAAGAACCCAAAGAGCUAGAGCUAAGAUAUUAAGCAUGAAACAUCUUCUAGUGAGUGUCUACCAAGUUUGUUCAAAUUAAAGCCCUGUGGUCAAAAUUGGCCCCACCCCGGGGGGUCAUUGAUUUUCCCUAUAUGCAUAUAGUAAAAACUUAAAAAAAUCUUCUUUUAAAGAACCAUAAGAGCUAGAGCUUAGAUAUUUGGCAUGAAACAUCUUGAAUUUGUUCUAGUGAAUGUCUACCAAGUUUGUUCAAAUAAAAGCCCUGGGGGUCAAAAUUGACCCCGCCCCAGGGGGUCAUAGAUUUUCCCUAUAUGCAUAUAGUAAAAACUUAAAAAAUCUUCUUUUAAAGAACCCAAAGAGCUAGAGCUAAGAUAUUUAGCAUGAAACAUCUUCUAAUAAGUGUCUACCAAGUUUGUUCAAAUAAAAGCCCUUGGGUCAAAACUGGCCCCGCCCAAAGGGGGUCAUUGAUUUUCCCUAUAUGCAUAUAUAGUAAUAACUUAAAAAAUCUUCUUUUAAAGAACUCAAAGAGCUAGAGCUAAGAUAUUUAGCAUUAAACAUGUUCUAAUGGGUGUCUACCAAGUAUGUUCAAAUAAAAGCCCCGGGGUCAAAACUGGCCCCGCCCGGGGGGGGGGGGGGGGUCAUUGAUUUUCCUUAUAUGUGUAUAGCAAAAACUUAAAAAAUCUUCUUUUAAAGAACUCAAAGAGCUAGAGUUUAGAUAUUGAGCAUGAAACAUCUUUAAGUAAAUAUCUACAAAGUUUGUUCAAAUAAAAGCCCGGGGGUCAAAACUGGCCCUGCCCCAGGGGUGUCAUUGUUUUUAACUAUAUGUGUAUAGUAAAAACUUUAAAAAUCUUCUUUUAAAAAACCCAAUGAGCUAGAAAUUAGAUGUUUAGCAUGAAACAUCUUCUUAUGGGUGUCUACCAAGUCUGUUCAAAUAAACAAAUAAAAGCCCUUGGGUAAAAAUUGGCCCGGGGGUGGGGGGGCCUAUAUACAGGUGAGCGACCUCAGGGCCAUCAUGGCCCUCUUGUUAUUUAUUUUCUCAGUAAAAUUGACUAUAUCCAUAUAAAAUUGACUGAAGUGUUUUGAGGCUUUGCAUGAGAUUAUAAUAUUUUUGUUUCAGUCUGACAUAAACCUAUGUGUUGUGAUGUUUUUUUAAAGGUUAAAGAAAU